GGGUACGAAGCACUAGAAAUGGCGGAGGUGUUUACAAUCUAAACACACAAUUUUGGAGCAAUUUAUCAGCAAUCAAUGAACUGAUUUAUUCAAAAUGCCGCCGACAAUACAAACAUCAAACAAAGAUCGUGACAGAAAACGUGGUGGAGAUAAAAGAUCUGAAUUGGUGUGUUCAGUAAAGUACAACAAUACUUUGCCUGAUAUUCCAUUUGACCCGAAGUUCAUCACCUAUCCUUUUGACCCAACAAGGUUCAUCCAGUACAAACCCACAUCCCUGGAGCGUUCCUUCAAGUAUGAUCUUCUCACUGAACAUGACCUGGGGGUCACCAUUGACCUCAUCAACCCGGACACCUACAAGAUCAACCCUGGGGCUGAGCUGGCCCUGGAAGAUGACAGGCUCCUUGAUGAAGAGUCAACAUCAUACGCAGACCAGAAGAGGUCCCGUCACAAGAUGAUGAAUGUGUCCUGGCUGCGGAAGACCGAGUACAUCUCCACUGAGUACAACAGGUUCAUACAGAAGGCUGACAAGUCUGAGACUAAGGUGGGAUUUAACAUCAAGAAGGCAAUAACAGAAGAAAACUUUUACAAGGACAGAGAGAGUCAGAUUACUGCUAUUGAGAAAACAUUUGCAAAGGCCAAAGAAGAGAUCACCAAACACUACAGCAAACCUGGUGUCGAACCGUUGGAAGUGUUGCCAGUUUAUCCAGACUUUAUGCUCUGGAAACACCCAUUUGCUCAGGUGAUCUUUGAUUCUGACCCAGCACCCAAAGGCCGUACUGGUCCGGCUCUUAUGGAGGAAAUGUCGCAGGCUAUGAUUCGUGGUGCAGUGGAUGAGAGUGGUGAGCAGUUUGUGGCCUACUUUCUGCCAUCUACGGAGACCUUGGGCAAGAGGAAAAGAGACGAAGAGGAGCACGAAGACUAUGUGGCAGACGAGGAGUAUGACUACAUGCUGGCUCGUGAGUACAACUGGAACGUGAAGAACAAGCUGACACGUGGCUAUGAGGAGACCUACUUCAUAGUGUUCAGGGAGGAUGGCUGCUACUACAAUGAACUCGAGACCAGGGUGCGACUGAGCAAGCGUAGAAAAACAGCAGGCAUUGCUGUGGCCAAGUCUCGACUGGUGGUCAAACACAGGGAUCUCAACGACAGGGAGACUCGUGCUCAGGAUGUUCGCAUGACCAUGCUGGAACCAGCACAAGAGGAGGAGGAAGAGGAGGAGGAGGAGGAAGAAUUCAUCAAGAACACUAAUAAUGAUGAUGAGUUUCAAAGUCCCAAAAGCGAGGAUGGUCGCAGGUCAAGAUCACGUUCAAGGUCAAGUUCAAGGUCAAGAUCGAGGUCCCGAAGCGGCAGUGGGUCAAGGUCGCGAUCUCGUUCCCGUAGCGGAAGUAGAAGCCCGAGCGGAUCCAGAUCUCGAUCCAGAAGUAAGAGUGGAAGUAGAAGUAGGUCGCGCUCGGGUUCGAAGUCACCAUCUCGAAGUAGGUCAAGGUCAAAAAGUGGAAGUCGUAGUCCCAGCCGGUCUCGAAGCAGAUCUAAAAGUGGUUCUAGAAGUGCUAGCAGAAGCAAAAGUAGAAGCAGAAGUGGCUCGAGGUCACCGUCGCGGUCGAGAUCGCGCAGUCGUAGCGGAAGCCGCAGCCGAUCGGCAAGUAGGUCAAGGUCACGCAGCGCAAGCCGCAGUGGUAGCGAGAGUGAGGCAGACAGAGGAAAGAAGGACGAGGAAGAAAUCUUUGGUUCUGAUAGUGACUCUGACAGUAAUUGAGGAUACUCAUUCUCUGCUACCUACAUUGUAUAUACUUAUGAAACGAUUAUGUUCAAUUCGUUUGUGUUGUCGUACAGGCACAAGCGUUCAUGGUGAUGAUUCUGUUAGGAGUCAUAUUCAUAUUUGGUCUGAUAAAAACUCGGCACUGUG